UGCCACCUGCCCGGAGCGCCUCGGUCCUUUAGAUUAAAAGUGGCGCGUGGGGUACAACAGUUUGUUUGACAGUUGCUAGACUAUGUUUCCACUUCUGGUCGUACUCAGCCAGCUGUCCAGACUUACCCUCGCAGUUCCUCAUUGUUCAAGAAGCCUAAAGGAUUCCGAACAUGCCCCAGAAGAAAUCUUUGCAUCAAAAGAAGCUGCAAACAUCUUUAUGCACCGCCGCCUCCUGUACAAUAGGUUUGAUUUAGAACUCUUCACGCCUGGGGACCUGGAGAGAGAGUGUUAUGAGGAGGUCUGUAGUUAUGAGGAAGCCAGAGAGAUUUUGGGGGAUGAUGAAAAUACGAUCACAUUUUGGCGGGAUUAUUCAAUUAAAGGACCAACCACAGAAUCAGAUGUUAACAAAGAGAAAAUUGAUGUUUUGAGCCUUCUGACUGGAUUAAUUGUUGCUGGAGUGUUCUUGGUUGUUUUUGGCUUACUUGGCUACUACCUAUGUGUCACCAAGUGUAACAGGCAGCCAUAUCCAAGCUCUUCAGCCGUCUACACAAGAACGGCCAGAUACACACCCUCCAUCAAUUUCAGAACACCUGAGGAAGCUGUCUUGUCUCCAUCACCAUCUUCAGAGGACGGCGCAGGACUACCUUCCUAUGAACAGGCAGUAGCACUGACCAGAAAGCACAGUGUCUCACCACCACCUCCCUACCCUGGGCCUGCAAAGGGAUUUAGGGUAUUUAAAAAGUCUAUGUCACUCCCGUCUCACUAAGCCUACCUGGCUGCCUUGCUGGAAGACAUUCGUUUGUGUGCUUGAAUACUUUGCUCUCCCUGAAAAAGAAAAAUAAGAUUUGCUUGUUCAGCUUUUUAUGACACACCACAAGGAAUAAAGGAAUGGUACAUACAGAACAGAGUUCACCGAAGCUCUGCUUUCAUCUCGGACCUGAGCUGGCUUGCUAUCAUCUUGGUAAGAAACUUACUUCAACUCCAUUACCUUGAAGUUAAGAAGAAAGUGCCUUUUGCAAUGUAUACUGUACUGGUUCAGAAAUAUUUGCUGUAGCUGGAUAAUGUGGUGUGUGCCUGCUAACACUCAGGAGGCUCAGAGGGGAGGGAUGAGAGUUCAAGGCCAGCCUGGGCUCUGUCAAGCCCUGUCUCAAAACACAGUUUGUUAUUAAUAGAAUAAUUAGAAUUAGCCAACCAGGAACUGUCAAUCUUAGAUCAUGAGACUGGAUCUUCUCUUCCUUAGGAUUUCUUUUUGGUUGAAAAUACUUCAUAGACUUCCAUGGUUCACUGUAAGUCUGUGGCCUUGAUAAAGUCACUUGGGCUUCUGUUCUUAUUAGUGCAGAGCAUUCAUUCAAUUUGCAGGUCUUAGUUUUUCACUCACUAUCAAUCACAGUUCAAUGGUGUCAAGAGGUUUUGUUUGUUUGUUUUUGUUUUUUAAGAAUUACUAUUCAUGGACUAAGGGGAUACCUCACAUGGAAAGUACCCGUCAUACAAAUAUAAGAACCUGAGUUCAAUCCUCAUUAACCAUGUUUGAAACAAACAACAACAAACAAAACGAGCAAACAAA